CAUGAAGCCAUCAGGCACCCUUCUGCUUUUAGUCAGUGUGGCCUGUUUGUUUCUCUUUGCAGAGGCUGUGAGCCAAGGAGGCUUUCAGGCUUUUUGCAGUGACUAUGAAAAACCAGCUAUGGAUGGAAAACCCUGUCCAAAGAUCCACAAACCAGUGUGUGGCACUGAUGGGCGAACUUAUGAAAAUCGCUGUGAAUUCUGCAAAGCAGCUAUGGAAAGAAGUGGAAAGCUUGGUUUCAAACAUGAUGGGAAAUGUUGAUUCCUCUGAUGUUGCAAGACUGGAAGCACCUUUGGUAUGCUUUCGCAUCAGAAGAUUUAUUCCCUGUUAUCCAGUCUCUAUUGCAAUGUACCUCCCACCAGUUACUAUGCAUAAAAGAAAGAAGUUUCAAUAAAGUGAUCUUGGCAGAA